AUGGCUAUAGAGUUGUCCUCUUGUCUGGACUCCAGGAUUGGCUGCAGCCUGCCCAACGAGAACCUUAGCGGCCAUAUGAGCCGUCCAGGAGAUAUUAUUAUAGGAGGGACAUUCCCGGUUCAUCUGGACAGAGUCUACGUUGACAUUGAUUUCACUAACAAACCCCCAGAGCUCCAAUGUCAGAUGUAUGCAAUUGAAUAUUAUCACAGCAUGCAGGCCCUAAUAUUUGCUGUGGAUGAAAUCAAUUCCGAUCCAGAUCUUCUUCCCAACAUCACGCUAGGCUACCAUAUCUUUGAUACCUGCAUUACUGUGCGCAGAUCAGCCCAAGGGGCUCUUUGGAUGCUGUCAGGGGGGCAAGAAAUCACCCUAAAUUAUCACUGUUAUCAAGAGGCACCUCUUGCCGGUAUAAUUGGGGACUGUGGCUCCACCCGCUCCAUUCUCAUGGCGGAAAUGUUGGGACUGUACCGAUAUCCACAGAUCAGUUACUUUGCAACAAGCCCCGUUCUGAACAAUCGCGAUCAGUUCCCUUCCUUUUUCCGUACCAUACCUAGUGAUGAAUUCCAGAUGAGAGGAUUGGCAGAGUUGGUCUCCUACUUUGAUUGGACUUGGGUUGGCCUCCUGGCCAAUGAUGAUGAUUAUGGCCAAUUCGGAAUGCAAAUGGUUAAACAAGAGGUCCUGAUCUCUGGCGGCUGUUUUGCUUUCAUUGAGAACAUUUUGACCGGAUUGCCAAAUAGAAAUGCCCCCCACCUUGCCCAGGUCAUUAGGGAGUCAUCUGCCAAAGUUGUGCUUGUGAUAUCGUCUGAUUCUGAUUUUGUUAUUGUUCUUGAAGAACUAAUAAGGCAAAAUGCCACUGGCACUAUCUGGGUAGGCAGUGAAGGUUGGGCUAAUUCUGCUCUACUGUCUGAUGAAAGAUUCCAGCAGGUGUUGGUGGGCGCCGUGGGGUUUUCAAUCCAUGGUGGACAACUUCCAAAAUUCACCAAGUACCUCAAGAGUCUCCAUCCUUUUAAAGAUUCCCAUGAUGCAUUUGUAAGGGAAUUCUGGGAGGAAGCUUUCUUAUGUAAAUGGCUCACCCAGAAGAAUGCAACUGAAUUUAGUAACAAUGGUACCAUCCAUGCCUGUACUGGAAAAGAAAUCACUGAGAGCCUGGUGGUUGAAGAAGUUCACAGAGGUUCUCUCAAUGUUUACACUGCUGUUUAUGCAAUGGCCCAGGCCCUACACAACUUGCAUCAGUGUACACCAGGAACUGGACCGUUCCUAAAUGGAUCCUGUGCUAAUAUUUCAUCAUUACGGCCUUGGCAGCUUCUCCACUAUGUUAAAAAUGUGAACUUCAAGACCAAAGAUGGUGGUCAAGUAUCUUUUGAUGCAACGGGAAACCCUCCAGCCGUCUAUGACGUUGUGAAUUGGCGUGCCAGUGUUGGAGGGAAAAUGGAUCAGAUUGUUGUUGGAAGCUAUGACUUGAAUUCUGCAAAUGGGAAGACUCUUAAUGUAGAGAGAGACUCUAUAAUAUGGUCCAACAGAGAUACUCAGGAAGCCAAAUUGAUCACAUUCAGUAUGUUGGCUUUCCUCAGUGUGUGGGUGUCCUUUAUCCCAGCCUAUCUCAGUGCCCGGGGCAUGUAUACUGUGGCAAUGGAGGUCUUUGCCAUCCUGUCUUCCAGUUGGGCUGUGGUGGGCUGUAUCUUUGUGCCAAAAUGCUACAUUGUGUUGUUCAGGCCCAACAUGAACUCCAGAGAACAUUUAAUGGUUAAAGGCAGAGGCCAUAAAUAG